AUUCAUACAUCAGCUAUGCAUUACUCAUUAUGUUUUAUUUUAGGUGCACUCCUCAGCAUUGCCUUUGCCCAAACUCGUCAGUACUACUUUGUAGGCUCUGCACAAACCUGGACAAAUGCCCAGAGUGUCUGCAGACAGGACUACACCGACCUGGCCACCAUUGAAAACUUGGCCGACGUUGAUGCUGUUCUCAGGACAAAUCCCAGCUAUUCAGGCAAAGCUUGGAUAGGUCUCUAUGAUGAGUUGUACAACAGCUGGAAAUGGUCCCUGACUGACAGCAGCUUCUAUGGAGCUGGAGAGUACACGUUUAGAAACUGGAUUUCUGGCUCUCCCAAUAACUUCGGGGGACAGCAGUACUGUGUUAGGUUUUUAAGUGACAGCUUUUAUUUGGGUGGAUGGGAUGACCGUCAGUGCUCAGACCUAAGACGUUUCUUGUGUUACACUGGUAUAGUCGGUGGCUCGCCAUCUUAUUUUGUCAGUACCCAGUCACUGAAUUGGACCGAAGCUCAGCGAUUCUGCAGAGAGAAUUAUAUUGACCUAGCCAGUAUACGAAAUCAAGCAGAAAAUAAUAACAUCAGAACACUACUAGGUGGCAUCGAAGUGUGGAUUGGGCUUUAUCGGGACAAACUGUGGUCAGAUAGCAGCCCCUCCCUGUUUCAACACUGGGCGGCCGGUCAGCCAGACAAUGAUAACAGUCGGUGUGUUGCUGCUUCAUUCAGCGACAUGGGAAAAUGGUUGGAUGAAGACUGCGCCCAGAGUUUUCCAUUCAUCUGUUACAAACCAAUCCCAGCCAACACAGAGGGCUUCAGAGCAUCAAGUCAAAAUGAGAGCAGCAUCACUCUGCAGUGGAAUAAGAUAAGCAACAGCAUCAGCUUUGUUCUCCAGUUUAACGGCACAGAGACAAACAUCAGAGCACCAGAUGGAGAUGGACCAGUAAACUACACAGUGUCAUCUCUCACUGCUGGAACCAAAUACACAUUCAUACUCUUCUCUGUGCUUAAUAAUGUCAGAAGUAGUGGAAUCAGCACUGCUGCAGUUACCACUCCUAGAAACACAGAAGCUGUGAGAGUAUCGGAUCAAGAUGAGAACAGCAUCACUCUGCAGUGGAAUAAAAUCAACAACAACACCAGCUUUGUUCUCCAGUUUAAUGGAUCAGAGACAAACAUCAGAGCACCAGAUGGAUUUGGACCAGUAAACUACACAGUGUCAUCUCUCACUGCUGGAACCAAAUACACAUUCAGUCUCUUAUCUGUGUUUGAGAACGUCAGAAGCAGUGGAGUACAACUUGCUGCUGUCACUGCCCCUCAAAACGCAGAAAGAUUCACAUCACUGAGACAGGAUGAGACCAGCAUCACUCUGCAGUGGGAUAUUAUCAAUAAUAAUGUCAGUUUCAUCCUCCAAUAUAAUGAAACAGAGUUGAAUAUAGCAGCACCUGCUGGAAAUCAACCAUUACUUCUGACAGUUUCGUCUCUCACUGCUGGAACUAGAUAUACAUUCACUCUGUUCUCUGUGUUUGAGAACGUCAGAAGCAGUGGAGUCAGCAUUGCUGCAGUGACUGCUCCUGUAAAUGCAGAGGGCUUCAGAGCAUCAGAACAAAAUGAGACCAGCAUCACUCUGCAGUGGAAUAGAGGAGACAACAACACCAGUUUUGUUCUCCAGUUUAACGGCACAGAGACAAACAUCAGAACACCAGAUGGAGAUGAACCAGUGAAACAUACAGUCACAUCUCUCACUGCUGGAACCAAAUAUACAUUCAGGCUCUUCUCUCUGUUUGAGAACGUCAGAAGCAGUGGAGUACAAUAUGAAGCUGUUACUGCUCCUAGAAACACAGAAGCUGUGAGAGUAUCAGAUCAAGAUGAGAGCAGCAUCACUCUGCAGUGGAAUAAAAUCAACAACAGCACCAGCUUUGUUCUCCAGUUUAAUGGAUCAGAGACAAACAUCAGAGCACCAGAUGGAGAUGGACCAGUAAACUACACAGUGUCAUCUCUCACUGAUGGAAAUAAAUACACAUUCAGUCUCUUCUCUGUGUUUGAGAACGUCAGAAGCAGUGGAGUCAGCAUUGCUGCAGUGACUGCUCCUGAAAAUGCAGAGGGCUUCAGAGCAUCAGAACAAAAUGAGACCAGCAUCACUCUGCAGUGGAAUAAAGGAGACAACAACACCAGCUUUGUUCUCCAGUUUAACGGCACAGAGACAAACAUCAGAGCACCAGAUGGAGAUGAACCAGUGAAACAUACAAUCACAUCUCUCACUGCUGGAACCAAAUAUACAUUCAGUCUCUUCUCUGUGUUUGAGAACGUCAGAAGCAGUGGAGUACAAUAUGAAGCUGUUACUGCUCCUAGAAACACAGAAGCUGUGAGAGUAUCAGAUCAAGAUGAGAGCAGCAUCACUCUGCAGUGGAAUAAAAUCAACAACAGCACCAGCUUUGUUCUCCAGUUUAAUGGAUCAGAGACAAACAUCAGAGCACCAGAUGGAGAUGGACCAGUAAACUACACAGUGUCAUCUCUCACUGAUGGAAAUAAAUACACAUUCACUCUGUUCUCUGUGUUUGAGAACGUCAGAAGCAGUGGAGUCAGCAUUGCUGCAGUGACUGCUCCUGAAAAUGCAGAGGGCUUCAGAGCAUCAGAACAAAAUGAGACCAGCAUCACUCUGCAGUGGAAUAAAGGAGACAACAACACCAGCUUUGUUCUCCAGUUUAACGGCACAGAGACAAACAUCAGAGCACCAGAUGGAGAUGGACCAGUGAAACAUACAGUCACUUCUCUCACUGCUGGAACCAAAUAUACAUUCAUACUCUACCAUGUGUUUAUGAAUGUUAGAAGCAGUGCUGUAAACAUCACCGUUGCUACUGCUCCUACAAAUGCAGAAGGUUUGAGAGUAUCAGAACAAGAUGAGAGCAGCAUCACUCUGCAGUGGAAUAUAAUCAACAACAGCACCAGCUUUGUUCUCCAGUUUAAUGGAUCAGAGACAAACAUCAGAGCACCAGAUGGAUUUGGACCAGUAAACUACACAGUGUCAUCUCUCUCUGCUGGAAAUAAAUACACAUUCAGUCUCUUCUCUGUGUUUGAGAACGUCAGAAGCAGUGGAGUACAACUUACUGCUGUCACUGCCCCUCAAAACGCAGAAAGAUUCACAUCACUGAGACAGGAUGAGACCAGCAUCACUCUGCAGUGGGAUAUUAUCAAUAAUAAUGUCAGUUUCAUCCUCCAAUAUAAUGAAACAGAGUUGAAUAUAGCAGCACCUGCUGGACAACAACCAUUACUUCUGACAGUUUCAUCUCUCACUGCUGGAACUAGAUACACAUUCACUCUCUUCUCUGUGUUUGAGAACAUCAGAAGCAGUGGAGUCAGCAUUGCUGCAGUGACUGCUCCUGAAAAUGCAGAGGGCUUCAGAGCAUCAGAACAAAAUGAGACCAGCAUCACUCUGCAGUGGAAUAAAGGAGACAACAACACCAGCUUUGUUCUCCAGUUUAACGGCACAGAGACAAACAUCAGAGCACCAGAUGGAGAUGGACCAGUGAAACAUACAAUCACUUCUCUCACUGCUGGAACCAAAUACACAUUCAUACUCUACCAUGUGUUUAUGAAUGUUAGAAGCAGUGCUGUAAACAUCACCGUUGCUACUGCUCCUACAAAUGCAGAAGCUGUGAGAGUAUCAGAUCAAGAUGAGAGCAGCAUCACUCUGCAGUGGAAUAAAAUCAACAACAGCACCAGCUUUGUUCUCCAGUUUAAUGGAUCAGAGACAAACAUCAGAGCACCAGAUGGAUUUGGACCAGUAAACUACACAGUGUCAUCUCUCACUGCUGGAACCAAAUACACAUUCAGUCUCUUCUCUGUGUUUGAGAACGUCAGAAGCAGUGGAGUACAACUUACUGCUGUCACUGCCCCUCAAAACGCAGAAAGAUUCACAUCACUGAGACAGGAUGAGAGCAGCAUCACUCUGCAGUGGGAUAUUGUCAAUAAUAAUGUCAGUUUCAUCCUCCAAUAUAAUGAAACAGAGUUGAAUAUAGCAGCACCUGCUGGAAAUCAACCAUUACUUCUGACAGUUUCAUCUCUCACUGCUGGAACUAGAUACACAUUCACUCUGUUCUCUGUGUUUGAGAACGUCAGAAGCAGUGGAGUCAGCAUUGCUGCAGUGACUGCUCCUGAAAAUGCAGAGGGCUUCAGAGCAUCAGAACAAAAUGAGACCAGCAUCACUCUGCAGUGGAAUAAAGGAGACAACAACACCAGCUUUGUUCUCCAGUUUAACGGCACAGAGACAAACAUCAGAGCACCAGAUGGAGAUGGACCAGUGAAACAUACAGUCACUUCUCUCACUGCUGGAACCAAAUAUACAUUCAUACUCUACCAUGUGUUUAUGAAUGUUAGAAGCAGUGCUGUAAACAUCACUGUUGCUACUGCUCCUACAAAUGCAGAAGGUUUGAGAGCAUCAGAACAAGAUGAGAACAGCAUCACUCUGCAGUGGAAUAAAAUCAACAACAGCACCAGCUUUGUUCUCCGGUUUAACAGCAAAGACACAUUCAUCAGAGCACCAGAUGGAGAUGAACCAGUAACUCACACAGUUUCAUCUCUCACUGCUGGAACCAAAUACACAUUCAGUCUCUUCUCUGUGUUUGAGAACGUCAGAAGCAGUGGAGUACAAUAUGAAACUAUUACUGCACCUGAUAAUGCAGAAGGUUUGAGAGCAUCAGGUCAAGAUGAGAGCAGCAUCACUCUGCAGUGGAAUAAAAUCAACAACAGCACCAGCUUUGUUCUCCAGUUUAAUGGAUCAGAGACAAACAUCAGAGCACCAGAUGGAUUUGGACCAGUAAACUACACAGUGUCAUCUCUGACUGCUGGAACCAAAUACACAUUCAGUCUCUUCUCUGUGUUUGAGAACAUCAGAAGCAGUGGAGUACAAUAUGAAGCUGUUACUGCACCUACAAAUGCAGAAGGCUUCAGGUCAUCAGAUCAAGAUGAAACCAGCAUCACUCUGCAGUGGAAUAAAAUCAACAACAGCAACAGUUUUGUUCUCCAGUUUAAUGGCAUACAGACGUUCAUCAGAGCACCAGAUGGAGAUGGACCAGUGACUCACACAGUGUCAUCUCUCUCUGCUGGAACUAGAUACACAUUCACUCUCUUCUCUGUGUUUGAGAACAUCAGAAGCAGUGGAGUCAGCAUUGCUGCAGUGACUGCUCCCGAAAAUGCAGAGGGCUUCAGAGCAUCAGAACAAAAUGAGACCAGCAUCACUCUGCAGUGGAAUAGAGGAGACAACAACACCAGCUUUGUUCUCCAGUUUAACGGCACAGAGACAAACAUCAGAACACCAGAUGGAGAUGGACCAGUGAAACAUACAGUCACUUCUCUCACUGCUGGAACCAAAUACACAUUCAUACUCUACCAUGUGUUUAUGAAUGUUAGAAGCAGUGCUGUAAACAUCACCGUUGCUACUGCUCCUACAAAUGCAGAAGGUUUGAGAGUAUCAGAUCAAGAUGAGAGCAGCAUCACUCUGCAGUGGAAUAAAAUCAACAACAGCACCAGCUUUGUUCUCCAGUUUAAUGGAUCAGAGACAAACAUCAGAGCACCAGAUGGAGAUGGACCAGUAAACUACACAGUGUCAUCUCUCUCUGCUGGAAAUAAAUACACAUUCAGGCUCUUAUCUGUGUUUGAGAACGUCAGAAGCAGUGGAGUACAAUAUGAAGCUGUAACUGCUCCUAGAAACACAGAAGCUGUGAGAGUAUCAGAUCAAGAUGAGAGCAGCAUCACUCUGCAGUGGAAUAAAAUCAACAACAGCACCAGCUUUGUUCUCCAAUUUAAUGGAUCAGAGACAAACAUCAGAGCACCAGAUGGAUUUGGACCAGUAAACUACACAGUGUCAUCUCUCUCUGCUGGAACCAAAUACACAUUCAGUCUCUUCUCUGUGUUUGAGAACGUCAGAAGCAGUGGAGUACAACUUACUGCUGUCACUGCCCCUCAAAAUGCAGAAAGAUUCACAUCACUGAGACAGGAUGAGAGCAGCAUCACUCUGCAGUGGGAUAUUGUCAAUAAUAAUGUCAGCUUCAUCCUCCAAUAUAAUGAAACAGAGUUGAAUAUAGCAGCACCUGCUGGACAACAACCAUUACUUCUGACAGUUUCAUCUCUCACUGCUGGAACUAGAUACACAUUCACUCUGUUCUCUGUGUUUGAGAAUAUCAGAAGCAGUGGAGUCAGCAUUGCUGCAGUGACUGCUCCCGAAAAUGCAGAGGGCUUCAGAGCAUCAGAACAAAAUGAGACCAGCAUCACUCUGCAGUGGAAUAAAGGAGACAACAACACCAGCUUUGUUCUCCAGUUUAACGGCACAGAGACAAACAUCAGAGCACCAGAUGGAGAUGGACCAGUGAAACAUACAGUCACUUCUCUCACUGCUGGAACCAAAUACACAUUCAUACUCUACCAUGUGUUUAUGAAUGUUAGAAGCAGUGCUGUAAACAUCACCGUUGCUACUGCUCCUACAAAUGCAGAAGGUUUGAGAGCAUCAGAUCAAGAUGAGAACAGCAUCACUCUGCAGUGGAAUAAAAUCAACAACAGCACCAGCUUUGUUCUCCAGUUUAACAGCAAAGAGACAUUCAUCAGAGCACCAGAUGGAGAUGAACCAGUAACUCACACAGUUUCAUCUCUCACUGCUGGAACCAAAUACACAUUCAGUCUCUUCUCUGUGUUUGAGAACGUCAGAAGCAGUGGAGUACAAUAUGAAACUAUUACUGCACCUGAUAAUGCAGAAGGUUUGAGAGCAUCAGGUCAAGAUGAGAGCAGCAUCACUCUGCAGUGGAAUAAAAUCAACAACAGCACCAGCUUUGUUCUCCAGUUUAAUGGAUCAGAGACAAACAUCAGAGCACCAGAUGGAUUUGGACCAGUAAACUACACAGUGUCAUCUCUGACUGCUGGAACCAAAUACACAUUCAGUCUCUUCUCUGUGUUUGAGAACAUCAGAAGCAGUGGAGUACAAUAUGAAGCUGUUACUGCACCUACAAAUGCAGAAGGCUUCAGGUCAUCAGAUCAAGAUGAAACCAGCAUCACUCUGCAGUGGAAUAAAAUCAACAACAGCAACAGUUUUGUUCUCCAGUUCAAUGGCAUACAGACGUUCAUCAGAGCACCAGAUGGAGAUGGACCAGUGACUCACACAGUGUCAUCUCUCUCUGCUGGAAAUAAAUACACAUUCAGUCUCUUCUCUGUGUUUGAGAACAUCAGAAGCAGUGGAGUCAGCAUUGCUGCAGUGACUGCUCCUGAAAAUGCAGAGGGCUUCAGAGCAUCAGAACAAAAUGAGACCAGCAUCACUCUGCAGUGGAAUAAAAUAAACAACAGCACCAGCUUUGUUCUCCAGUUUAAUGGAUCAGAGACAAACAUCAGAACACCAGAUGGAGAUGGACCAGUGAAACAUACAGUCACAUCUCUCACUGCUGGAACCAAAUAUACAUUCAUACUCUACCAUGUGUUUAUGAAUGUUAGAAGCAGUGCUGUAAACAUCACUGUUGCUACUGCUCCUACAAAUGCAGAAGGUUUGAGAGCAUCAGAACAAAAUGAGAACAGCAUCACUCUGCAGUGGAAUAAAAUCAACAACAGCACCAGCUUUGUUCUCCAGUUUAACAGCAUACAGACGUUCAUCAGAGCACCAGAUGGAUUUGGACCAGUAAACUACACAGUGUCAUCUCUCACUGCUGGAACCAAAUACACAUUCAGGCUCUUCUCUGUGUUUGAGAACAUCAGAAGCAGUGGAGUACAACUUACUGCUGUCACUGCACCUAAAAAUGCAGAAGGCUUCAGAGCAUCAGAACAAAAUGAGACCAGCAUCACCCUGCAGUGGAAUAAAGGAGACAACAACACCAGUUUUGUUCUGCAGUUUAACGGCACAGAGACAAACAUCAGUUCACCAGCUGGAAAUGGACCAGUGAAACACACAGUCACUUCCCUCACCGCUCGUUCAAACUACACUUUCACUCUUUUCUGUGUGUUUGAAAAUGUCAGAAGCAGUGGAGUCAGCAUAUUUGCAGCUACUGGUCCAAACUAUGUUUUGGGAUGGAGUCUGAGGUUGAAGCUUCUCAGAGCAAUGAGAGAAUCAGAAAUGGAAGAUGUUUUGAUAGAGCUCUUCAGAAAAUAUAAUCUGCCGCCACAGUUUACUCUGAAAAUUGUUUCUUCCGAUCCAUAAAAUCACUGGGACAUCAAAUUCUGGAUAAUUCAUCUGCAACGUUGUUUGCUUUUCCUAAAAUAACAUGAGGUUUAUUUUAUGUAGUAAUUCUGGAAUGUUGUCAUUUUACAGAUUUGAGUUUCUUUUGCCUGAUAUUUUAACAUGUUUUUGU